GCCUGAGCUCGGAGCUGCGCCGGCGGCUGGGAGCGAGCGCCCCCUCCUGCAGACGACCUGGGGACCCCCAGCGCUCGCGGAACCUCCCCUCCGGGUCGCGCCCACUGGCUCUCUUUUUAUUUGGGUACGCGUACGUUUAGAGGCUGGAAUAAAAGAGUAGACCCCGGAGAAAAAUGCGCAAGGCCGGGCAGGGCUGCUGCUAGUGUUGGCGGUGAUGGUGGCGCAAACACUGGCUACUUCGUAAGCCUCUCGCGUCCCUCACCCCUCCCCGUGGGCGCAGCUGGGGCGGGGACCCCGUGCUCCCGCUCGGCUCUCCCCCUUCCAGGCCGGGAUGGCGAGAGAGCGCAGGGGCUCCGGAGGCGCGACUGCGAGCCGCGGCGCCCCCGCUCGCUCGCUCGCUCGCGCUGCCUGCUCCUUGUCGCCACCGCGACUCGGCUAAGCUGUCGGAGCGCGUUCGGGAGGCGCUGAGAGCGCCCCGGCCGGAGCAGGAGCUGGAGCCGCUGGGCCCGGGCGAGGGGCGCACCGCGGACGGCCAGGGAGCCGGCAGCGCUCAGGACGAGUGAAUGAAGUGCACAGCCUGGCGUGUCCUUUGUGAAGGGAGGAGCCUUUCUCUCGGAGAGGAGUCCUCAAUGAGCCUGGCCGCAGCCCGGGAUCUGUGUGAAGUGGACUGAGGAUUAAGUAUGAUGUCAACUGAGACAGAACUUCAAGUAGCUGUGAAAACCAGCACCAAGAAAGACUCCAGAAAGAAGGGUCAGGAUCGCAGCGAAGCCACGUUGAUAAAGAGGUUUAAAGGUGAAGGGGUCCGGUAUAAAGCCAAAUUGAUCGGGAUUGAUGAAGUUUCCGCAGCUCGGGGAGACAAGUUAUGUCAGGACUCCAUGAUGAAACUCAAGGGAGUUGUUGCUGGCGCUCGCUCCAAAGGAGAACACAAACAGAAAAUCUUUUUAACCAUCUCCUUUGGAGGAAUCAAAAUCUUUGAUGAGAAGACAGGGGCCCUUCAGCACCAUCAUGCUGUUCAUGAGAUAUCCUACAUUGCGAAGGACAUCACAGAUCACCGGGCCUUCGGAUACGUGUGUGGGAAGGAAGGGAAUCACAGAUUUGUGGCCAUAAAAACAGCCCAGGCAGCUGAACCUGUUAUUCUGGACUUGAGGGAUCUCUUUCAACUCAUUUAUGAAUUGAAGCAAAGAGAAGAAUUAGAAAAAAAGGCACAGAAAGAUAAGCAGUGUGAACAAGCCGUGUACCAGACAAUUUUGGAAGAGGAUGUCGAGGAUCCUGUGUACCAGUACAUUGUGUUUGAGGCUGGACACGAGCCAAUCCGUGACCCUGAAACGGAAGAAAACAUUUAUCAGGUUCCCACCAGCCAAAAGAAGGAAGGUGUUUAUGAUGUGCCAAAAAGUCAACCUGUAAGUAACAGCCGUACGUUUGAGGACUUUGAGGAGCGGUUUGCUGCGGCCAGCCCGAACAGAAACCUGCCCAUGGACUUUGAUGAGAUUUUUGAGGCAACAAAGGCUGUGACCCAAUUAGAACUUUUUGGGGACAUGUCCACCCCCCCUGACAUAACCUCUCCCCCCACUCCUGCAACUCCAGGUGAUGCCUUUACCCCGUCUUCAUCUCAGACUCUUCCGGCGAGUGCAGACGUGUUUGGCUCUGUACCUUUUGGCACUGCUGCUGUACCCUCAGGUUACGUUGCAAUGGGCGCCGUCCUCCCAUCGUUCUGGGGCCAGCAGCCCCUGGUGCAACAGCAGAUGGCCAUGGGUGCUCAGCCACCAGUCGCUCAGGUGAUGCCGGGGGCUCAGCCCAUCGCAUGGGGCCAGCCGGGUCUCUUUCCUGCCACUCAGCAGCCCUGGCCAACUGUGGCCGGGCAGUUUCCGCCAGCCGCCUUCAUGCCCACACAAACUGUUAUGCCUUUGCCAGCUGCCAUGUUCCAAGGUCCCCUCACCCCCCUCGCCACCGUCCCAGGCACGAGUGACUCCGCCAGGUCAAGUCCACAGACCGACAAGCCCAGGCAGAAAAUGGGGAAAGAAAUGUUUAAAGAUUUCCAGAUGGCCCAGCCUCCACCCGUGCCCUCCCGCAAACCCGACCAGCCCUCCCUCACCUGUACCUCAGAGGCCUUCUCCAGUUACUUCAACAAAGUCGGAGUGGCACAGGAUACGGAUGACUGUGACGACUUUGACAUCUCCCAGUUGAAUUUGACCCCUGUGACAUCUACCACGCCGUCAACCAACUCACCUCCCACCCCCGCCCCUAGACAGAGCUCUCCAUCCAAAUCAUCUGCGUCCCACGCCAGCGAUCCCACCACGGAUGACAUCUUCGAAGAGGGCUUCGAGAGUCCCAGCAAAAGCGAAGAGCAAGAAGCUCCUGAUGGAUCACAGGCCUCAUCCAACAGUGAUCCAUUUGGGGAGCCCAGUGGGGAGCCCAGUGGUGAUAAUGUAAGCCCACAGGCUGGUAGCUAGAUAGCGCAGGCCUGGGAGCUGGAGCCUCUCUACGCGCAGAUCAACAGACCUAAGAAAUAGCAUCGUCGCCGCGAGCUCCUGGUGGGUGCGUCAGGACUGGCAUGGACUCAGCACCACAACAGGUUCUCUCGUAUUUUCCCACCUCGUCCCACAAAGAAGUUCAUGAUUGCCGAUGGAACUCAUUCAGCAGAGGGAACUACAUGUUUUUGGCAACCAAUGGCAGAUAUCUAUAGCAGCACACACACACAAAAAAAAAGUAUAAAAAAAUGCCCAACAUUCAAUCACAAAUGAAACAAAUGCUCACCUGACAAAUACCAUGAGCUCUCUCCUAGCUGGGUUUAAGAUGACCCAGUGUGCAAAAUCAAAAUUCUCUUUUUACUUCUCUACCUGUUGACCAUUGUAGAGACAUCAAAUUUGGAGCAACAGGCAUCAGAGAAUGACAACAGGGUUGGCGCUGACUGCUUUGAGGCAGAAGCAGGGGUCCACUGUGACCACAGCAUCAUCAUCCUUAUGCUUUUUGACACCAGAUGUUUUUUUCAUCACUCCACAGGGCCCAGUUUGCCAUUUUCUUCCCCUUGCCUUUCCUUGUCAUGUUUAAAAUGAAUGGGUGUACAACUUUUUGUAUUGCUUUUGACUUUUUUUUAGAUAGGGGUGGAGAAAUCUAACUGGGGGUGGGGGAGAAAGCCUCGUAGGAAAUGAAUUAACUUGCAACCACAAGACACAUACGUGGCUGAUCAUGCAUUAUGAUCAAGAAUGUUGCCAAAACAACCCCUUAGCUAUUCUGCAUCCUGGUGAAGAAAGACAGCUGGAACCUUCAUUCUGUGAGUAGGAAAGGACAUCGAAUCCCGUCGAUGAGAAAGAUGAAAACUGCGUCUGAUUUCCUAAGAAGCUCUAAACUCUCUAAGUACAAUAAAAUGAUAUUUUUUUAUUUUUCCGAUAUCUUGCUGCUGUGAUACUAUGCAGACAAGUGUCUUCUCCAUGUGCCAUUUUCAAAGAAAAGUCAUUUGCCAAAUAAUUCUGGUACAAUUCUGGUAAUGUGUUUUGGGAUCAUAAACACUGACUCUCUGAUGGAACAAUGGUGACGUAAAUAUUCAGAAUAACAAACUGAUUCCACGGUUAAACCGGUUCAUCUUUAUCUCUUUUUGUACAUGGGAAAAAUUCAAACAGGAUUUUUAUUUUAUAACUUGAAAAAGAAAAAAAACCUUACCAUUAAACUCUUUAAAUAUUUAAGGGAAAUGGCUUUAAGGAGUUCUAAUGAAAAAAAGUAAGUUUUUUUUUUUUUUUGUAAAUAUAAGUGUUAAUGAAAAUGCUUUUUAAUAACACCGUCACACUGUAGAGAGGUAGCAGAUUGAGCGCAAGGUGUGACAGACUUGAUGACUUGAUGGAUGGGGCUCACCUUCCAGAUGUUAGUCUGGAGCGUAUGGUAGGAAGCUGGAGUUCAGGGACAGCUGGUGGCACAGUUGGCCAAUCGGCAGAUAGGGAACAGGAGGGGAGCAUGUGACUCCAUUGUCUCGCCUUUCCACAAGAGUACUCACCCCAUGCGCAAAACAAAAAAAUUACAAUUCAUGCUCUGAAGGCCUGACCUUCGGAUUCUGAAAAUCCCUGGCCUCUCCACUCCCACCUAACCCCAUGUGACCCACUGGACUGUUUAUAGGUGGAACAGAAGAGUUUAAGCUUCCUUUUUUUUUUACAUUUAUGGGACAAAAAGUGCAGUGUUCAGUUUGUAUGUUUAGCACAUGAUUUUCAUAAAGAAUCUAUAUAUUUUUGCCCUACAGAGAAUUGUUAUACAGGUCACAUGUGUUUUCCUGAUGUUCCUAUGCAGUUGCAGUAUUUGAAUUUAGUGUUUUAACAGACGACUUUAAAGAUUCACGUGGCUAAUUGGAGUUGGGGUUCAUUAUGAUGACUCGGUUUUAAAAUGCGAAAAAUAGGAUUUCCGUUGAUAUCAUUGAUUUGAAUAAGCCUGUAUUGGGUUCUUCGUAUCAAUAGAAACUAAAGUGAUUUGGAAGAUUGAGUUGAAAAUGAUUGUAAAUUAGUUCACAAAGAGAUGUUAUUAUCCAUCAAAGUGAUUAUCCUUUCAAACCCACAUUUUACACCAUCAGGUCACUGGAAUCUGAUUUUUUUUUUUUUUUUCCAGUUAGAGGAACUGACCAAAUGUCUGUUAGAGAAUAUGCGUAUCUGAAGAACUGGGAUACUAAGAAGGGCCAUGUACUUCCCUCUGUGGCUGUUCCCCGUGGGGCCCCGUGAUUUCUCCAGGAAUGUACAAGCCUGUUAGUAUUAGGUAACCCUUCCCCAGAAAGGGGAAGAUGGGAAAGGUGUCAUGGCCAUGAGCCUUGUCCUGAGAUCAGGUCAAUUGCGUUUCCUGGACAAUUGGUAAGAUAGGCAACUCCCAUGGGGUAAUUGCUUAAAUUGUUCUGUUGUUGAUGAUUCUGAUUCAAAACAAGUGGUGCUAUCUUCUCCCUCACUAGGCUGUCUUGAGUUUGUCUUGCAGUAUCGCACCAUUAGAGUGGACUCGGGCUGAUGUUGCUGUUUCAAGUCCACCGUCUGGAGUUCAUUUCACAGCAGAAGGUAACAGCCCAAGGGACUUGUCAGCCUUCAUUGAACAAGAUUGAAAAUGGAACUGGCUCCAAGCAAUGCAUUCAAGUGAGGGAAAUAAAGUCAAGAUUUUUAACUGCCGUCCAUAUUCUCAUUGGCGGAAUUCUAGGUGUUUUGUUUUUUUGAUUUCUGCCCCCCCCCCCCAAGCCCUGUCUGGUGAGCCCAGAACCACUGUAUCCUAUCCCAGGAAUACAGUGACAUUGCCAAGCAAGAGCUGAGGUGCCAAUACCAAAAGACCAUGGGGAGUCUGCACAGUUCUGGUUAGAUCAAUAGAAAAUCCAUGUGUACAACUGUUAAUUCCUCAUCCUUCACUAGCACUAAAUUUGUCACUUUAAAUUUUGAAAACCAGGGAAACGCCACCUGUCAUUCUGUCCCCCUUCUCCAUAGCUCUUCCAUCUUUCUAUGCCGCAAGACUUUUUUGAUAGCUUGUAUUCAUCCCCCUGUCCACUGAAACCCCAUCAUGUAAUGUACCGGGCACCUUCUUUAAAAAAAAAAAAAAAAAUGUUUACUCUGUGGGUUUGGUUCAUUUCGAUUUCUGCAUUCUGACACCUAUUUUUUUAAUAAAGAUGAGAAAGAGAAAACAACUGUUGUAGUACAUUUCUACACCUACUUUAACUUUACCUCAGAUGACAGUUUGUUAACAUAUAUGGACACAUUAUUUUUAACUUUAUGUACAAUGCAUUCAACAGAACAGCAAAAUUUUUAGAAAUUUUCCAUUAAUUUCUGUAACACACCAUGUAAAACUGUUACAAAUAAACAUGUUUGAGAACAA